CAGUUGACAUUGCAAUCAGCGAGCAAGUGCAACAGUAAAACGAAAACAGAGCGCCUGCAGUCCAGCAGCUGUGGAAAGUGCAUACCAAAGGAUAUAACGGAACACCAAAUCAACAGAAAACUGAACCAGCGCAGAAAGCAUCAGAACGUAAAAGAAUCGGAAAGGAUCGGACUUAACUUCUUGCGGAGGCGUUUAAAAGUAUGUAUUUAUCCAUAGCUGGUUGAUGUGUGCCGUGAAGCAAUUUGAUUAGAAUGUUCUUAUCAGCAAGAUUGGAGCAUAAUUGAAAGAAGUGCAACUAGUGGGCGAAUGUUUUUCUGACGCGUGAAAGCAAAAGUGAAUCGCUGCUGCAGUCAAAAGUCUGACCACAGUUUCGGAGGAAUUAAUUAAAGAACGUGAAGAAAAGGAGAGCAGUGGUGUUUACGUUUUGCUGAACUUUCAGUUUUUGUUGGUUUAAAAGCGAAAAGCAGUACGCAAAAAUAAAGUAAAGAAGAUUGUUUGUCGUCGUGUAGUAGAGUUAAAAUGGAGUUUGCCGAACUGAUCAGAACUCCCAAGCUGGACGGCGUUCAAUUGUACGAGCAGCCGCGGCGGGAGUCCAUCGAUGGGACGCUCUGCAUUACCGGCCAUCAUCUGAUCCUGAGCACCCGGAAGGAAGGCGCCCGGGAACUUUGGUUGCUGCACCAAAAUGUGGACAUAGUCGAACGGAAACCGUGUAUCGUUAAUAAUGUGCUCGAAGGUGGAACCAUUACGCUCAAGUGUAAAGACCUUCGGAUCAUCCAGCUCAGGAUAAACUCGCCGCAGGAAUAUUUUAACAUUUCCAAUUCGAUCGAGCAGCUUUCGAAUUUGGAGGAAACGAAAAAGCUGUACCCGUUCUUCUACAUUCCGAUGUACAACGUGAUGCAGGACGGCCACACCGAGUAUACCAUCGAGACUGAGUAUGCAAAGCUGCUGGCCACCGACGAGUGGCGUCUGACGACGGUCAACCAGGAUUUCAAAGUGUGCCCAUCGUACGGAGCACGAUUGCUAGUUCAGAAAUCAAUUAGUGACGAACAGAUAGUACAAUCCGCCGCAUUUCGCGAUGGUGGACGAUUCCCACUGCUGGCCUAUAAGCAUACCAAUGGAGCCGUGUUGCUCCGAUGCUCUCAACCCCUGGCAGGGCCCGGAGUAAAACGAUGUCGUGCGGAUGAGGCCAUUCUGAAUUCCCUGGUCGAGCCCGGUGGGAAGAAAGGUUGCAUUUUCGACACCUGGGGCAAAACCAAGAACACCAAUACCGAAAUCGAACCGCACUAUCCGCAGUGGCGUGUGCUUAGUAGACCCAUCGGAUCACUUUCGUCCAUCUCCAGUCUGUUAGAUAGUUUCGUCAAGUUGAUGGAAGCUUGCAACGAUGUGGCCUCUAGUUCGGAUCGGUGGCUGUCCCGAUUGGAGAGCUCGAGCUGGCUGAGCUUCGUGCUCAACGCGAUGAACGUCUCAUGUGUGGUUGCGCAGUGUUUGGCCCUGGAGGGAGUUCCCGUUGUGGUGCACGGUGGCAAAGGAUUGGACACGCCACUCAUUGUCACAUCGGUGGCGCAAAUCAUCCUGAAUCCCGACUGCAGGACAAUAAAAGGGUUACAAGCUUUAAUCGAGCGGGAGUGGCUGCAAGCAGGAUACCCGUUUUCGACUCGCCACAAACAUUCCUGCUACACUCCGUCGGGUCAGCGACACAAAACGUCCAGUGCGACGUUCGUCCUCUUUCUGGACUGUGUAUUCCAGUUGUAUCACCAGUUUCCGUGCAGUUUCGAGUUCGACUCGCGCUAUCUGAUAGUGUUGUUCGAACAUAGCUACAGCAGUCAGUAUGGAACGUUUCUCGGCGAUUCGGAGCGGGAACGAGCGGAAUUGAGGGUCCGCGAAAGGACCACCAGUCUGUGGAGCUACAUCAACCGACCGGAAGUGAUCGACACGUUGCUCAAUCCGAUGUACAUCCCGAAUGCGGCCAUCAUUUGGCCAUCGGUGGCCCCGCUCAGCAUAGUCCUAUGGUCGGAGGCCUACACGCGGUGGGUGAUCGACCAAACCGUACUGCGAACAAACCGCGAUCGCAUGCUGGGAAUCGUCAGCGAAGAGCGCGAACUGGAGAAGAAAGUCAAAAAGCUUCGCCGGGAGCUGGCGGAUUUGCAGCAGGAGUGUACCCGGCUGAAGUUGGAGGAGAUGCUGCUGUCCGACGAGGGCGGCACCGAGGAGGACGACGUGGACGCCAGUUACAGUAAGUAGAAACUACACCAUCGUACCCAGGAGAUAAGCCUCUCUCUUUAAGUGAACGUGAAACCGUGACAUUCCCUUGUCCGCCCUUUUACCCGGUAUUAAUGGAUCGCCUUCAUAACAUUUAGUGUAUACAUAGCGUUAAGCUGUAAACCAACCUCCUUCGAAAAAGGGGGGCAAUAUUUGACUAACGUUUGUAGUGAAUGGAUCUGUAGGCAGAUUCAGUGGUUUAGUUUUAGGUGCUUUAUUUUCGAAGGCAAUCUCUUACAACUUGUUUCAAUCUAGUCAGUUACCAACCUUCAAGACAAACUUUAGCGGAAGGUUUAAGAAACCUGCCGAGGAAAGACAAAUAAUUAUGAUUUCGAAUCGCGCAUGACCAGUGCCUAACAAGAAGUAGUAGCAGCAGAGGACAUCGUCCGGGAUAUCCGUUGAAGUGAUCUUUUUCAAGUGAGUAAUGCGGCAUGACGAAUCUUGACGAAAUAAUUGUUUGAUAAAAACGGUUUAAUAUGGAAUAAAAUCUACCAAUCUGAUCCCUAAUCUCAUAUUGUUUGUCGGGCUGUCCUUGUUAGUGGCAACAUUUUGUGAAAUUUACUCUAUUUAUACCUAGCAGAUGGUCAGAGACUCUGAGUUUGUCAAUUCCGAGAUUACCGCAAAACAUGGACAUCAGUCAUCAAUUCUAACUCUACAAAGACUGUUAAAUACAGAUAGUUCAAGGACUCACGUGAAUGUUGGUUGCUAAACAAAUUUUGCUUGAUUCGGUUUUGCUGCUAGUACAAAACCGCUUUUUUACUUUUGUUUUUCUGGGACUAAUCUAAAGGCGAAACAAGGAUGAGACUAGAGUUCCGUUGCAUGGUCAAACAUCAACGGUAGCGAUCUGGUUCCUCAGAAAUCAAAUCACUGAUGCUUGAUAAGGGGCGAAUAAAAAAUAAAUGUUUUUGGCAAAAUACCUACAGAGUCAGAUUAACUCACUGCAUUCUGAAUGAACCAUAGAGAGUUACAAAUAGAUGUGUAAUCACAGAUUUAUGGACGAAACACUUGUAUGUUUCUAGGGGUGAACCCAAACUGUUGCACGAAAUCCAUUGAAAAUUCCUGACAUAUUUGAUAACAGUUUUGAAUAAUCUGUUGUACCGGUGUUUGGUCAAUGGCUAUCUGACAAAACUUUCGAAGAGUUCCUAGUGAAAUUUUGAAAGAUAUUUUUUCCACGGCCCACGUUUUAGAUAUUUUAGCAAAUCAGCAGUGUUUUUCAUAAGGGCCUAUCUGCAUUCAUCGAUUUCUCUUCAUCGUUGUUUCCUUUGCGUUAUUGCAGAAAACUGAUUCUGUUGUCGUAGGAUGAAGAAUCACUAUAUCUUCUUCAUUAAUAAGAAAUAUUGCAGAUUUAUUUUAGCAAAGUUAUUAGCGGAAGAGAGGAUCGAUGAAGAUGUGCAGAAAUAUUUUAAAUCUUUUUGUCCAUAACCCUUUUAAAAUGUAAACCGUUUUUUUGAAUUGUAUUAAAAUCAAUUCAUAAAUAAAUUAGAUCAUGUCCUCCAAAUUUGU